AUGGCCGGCGCUCAGGCAGGCGCGGGCGGCCUCCAGACCGCCAUGGACGGCGCCCACCAGCAUGCCUUGGCUGCCCAACAAGCCUUCCUGGCUGGCCAGCAGCCCCUACCGACCUGCCAGCAGCCCUUACCGGCUGGCCAGCAGGCAGCCAUGGGCGCUGGGGGUGUGGCCACUGGUCAAGCAGGCGGUAGUUCGUCGCAUGCUGGGGAAAUCUUGAUUUGGGUGAUCAAAUACUUGUGGGAAAUUAUUGUCAGGGUGGUGCUAUGGACUGGACUGAUGGUUAUACCACAAUUGUUUGAAAUUAGUGGUGUUGGCAAGUUCAAGAAGAAGCCUAUCCAAAAUGAAGAUGACUUGAAGGUGAUGUUUGGAAACAUUGUUAAUGAGGAGCAAGAUCAUUGGAAUCCUAUGAGUUCCAACCCCAUCAUACCCCUUGAUGAUGACACUCCAACUGAUGGUGUAGAGGCUGAGCACCCCACUGAGCACCACACUGUUGAUGGUGACAACAACUCUUUUGAAAAUGGAGAUGAUGUUCAGGAGGUCACUCCUGUCACAGACAAUGGUAAGAAAAAGGCUAAGGUUAUUUUGGAGAAGCCCACCAAGAAACCUAAGAGUAGCAUAACCCUUGUUAUCCAAGAGCACAUCUCAAAGAUUUCUGAGUCUGCAUCUUCUUUUGUGUCUAAAAGGCAAGGUGGGACCACCAUUGAGGAAGUUAUGGAACAUGUUGUGGCAUGUGGGGCUGCAUAUAAGACCGAUGAACAUUUUGUGGCAACUGAGUUGUUUGUGAAGAAAGAGCAAAGAGAAAUGUUCAUGACCCUCCCCAUUGAUGAAAGGCUCGAUUGGCUUAGGAGGAAGUACAAUGUGAUCCCACACCCCUUGCUCCUCUGGCCUCCCCGGCUCUCCGCGCCAUGGACCUGGAGCUCGAAGCCGCGGGCGGCGGCGGAACCAGGGCGGUGUCCCUCUCCGUUGACUCCCCAACGGCCGACCUGGGCCGCGGGGACCUGGGUGGCGGCGGCGGGCCCUCCCCGGACCGUACCCGUCUCGCGCCGCCACGUGUCCCUCCGCCUUCUCGGUGUCGGCGGCGGGGUCGCAUUCGAGGUCGUGGGCAGGAACUCCGUCGUCGUCCGCUCCCGGGACGGCGGAGGCGGAACCAGAAGGGUGUUCCGCCGCGGGGAGAAGGGAGAGCUCCGCGCCGGGGACGCGCUGUCGCUGUCGCUCAAGGCGCCUGCGUUCUGGGCGGUGCGGGCGAGGGAGGGGAACGGGGACGCGGACGCGGAUGUGGAUGUGGAACCCGCCGUGCUGGACGCCGUGGCGAGGCGGGAGAGGCGGACGCGGGAGCGGAAGGAGAGGGAGAGGGAGAGGCGAGCUGCGGAGGAGGCUAUGGAGGUCACCGAAGAGGAAGAAGGGGGAGCCUUGGACUCUGACAUUGAUUUAGCAGACAUAGAUCCAGUUCGAGGUGAACUUCUGUUCUUCCUUCCUUCAUUUCCGGGAAGGGUGAAACUUUCCACAUUCCACUACAAAUUUGACUUCUAUUAUUGCAUACUCCGUAGCUUUUUAGCAACAUUUUACUUCAAGUAUGAAUUGAUACUGCAAUCAUUUUACCCAAAGGGAAGGAUUCGUGCUCCAAAGGAUUGGAAUUGGUUUCUAGAGGAAACAAAGAGGAGCUCCGACGAUGAAGUUAGCAGCAGCAGGAGAGAGGUAGAUCGAAAGGUCAGAGUUGGAACAAGAAGAAAGAUGGAGAAGGCGAAGAUGAAGACUGGACUGAAAAGCCUAGAAAGGAAAACUCAAAGGUCGGAAGUGGCAAAAGCAUCGAUGAAGAUGAAGGGGGCCGAGGAUGAAGAGGAUGAGCAAGAUGAAACUCUGGGAGGUUUUUUAGUUAACGACGAGGAUGAUGAGCCUAUGGAAGACCUGCGAUGA